GCGCGCUCGCGGAUCUUUGAAAACGGAACACUCACCGGGUCGUUGGUCUUCCACCUCCGCUACUUUGCUCUUCGACCUCGAGCACUUUUAUCACCCUCCCUAAUACUUGGGGGACACAACAAAAAGACAAUAGCUUCGAGACGGGUGCAGCGGUAGGCUGUGUUGGUAUUCAAAGGCGACCCAGCCGGUACCACAAACCUGACACGCGCACGCCGUCCACCCUGUUGACUUCUCCAUAUCAGAGCUACAAUCUCUGACAUCGAGAAACCAUGGGCAACCAAACCUCCAAGGAUUCCGGUGCGGCAUCCGCCAAAGGUUCAGGCAAUGGCGACGAGGCGCUGCAAUCGUACCCCUCCUUCAGCAGGUCCGACACGAGAGACUCGUCCCGGUCGUUCCGAUCCCUGCGAUCCAAGAUCCCGGGCUCAGGCAAGACGGACAGUCCCAGGACCUCUGCCGUACUGACGAAUGGUGAUACACCCGAGAAAUCGGACGCGACUUCGGUCAGGUCCGGAAAGAGCGGCAGGUCGCCGCACGGCCGGGCCAACCGUUCCAGUUCGGUCCCGACACCGGGCUCGCCUUCGUCGGUCGACACCGCCACCGCAAAUUCCCCGGUCGGCGACGAUGUCCCCCCGCCAUCCCCCAUCCAGUCGGCGUCCAUGAAGGCUGGGAUCCAUGAUGUUUCUGCUGCCCAAGCCAGUGGAGAAGUGGACCAAGUUUCGGACCAGCCGCCCUCUGGUGCUGCCAAUGCCGACUUGGCCAUGCAACAGCCUGGGCAAAGUAUCCUCGUCAAGCGCGAUGAUACACCCAACCCAAUCUUGGACAUCGCCGGGCAGGAAUCUCCCAAGGACGAAACCGCCGCGGGCGUCGCGAUGAGCGACAUCAAGGAUAUCGACCUGGAUGAUUUUAUCAAGCGUCUGCUUGAUGCCGCCUAUGCCGGCAAGGUCACCAAGAGCGUCUGCCUCAAGAACGCCGAGAUUGCCGCCAUCUGCCACCGUACCAGGGAGGUCCUCCUCUCGCAGCCGGCUCUUCUCGAACUGGACGCCCCAGUCAAGAUCGUCGGAGAUGUCCACGGCCAGUACACGGACCUCAUCCGCAUGUUCGAGAUGUGCGGCUUUCCUCCAAAGGCGAACUACCUGUUCCUCGGUGAUUACGUCGACCGCGGCAAGCAGUCCCUCGAAACCAUCCUGCUCAUGUUCUGCUACAAGCUCAAGUAUCCCGAGAACUUUUUUCUCCUGCGCGGUAACCACGAGUGCGCUAACGUCACGCGCGUCUACGGUUUCUACGACGAAUGUAAGCGGAGAUGCAAUGUGAAGGUUUGGAAGACCUUUAUCGACACCUUCAACUGCCUCCCCAUUGCUGCUAUCGUGGCCGCCAAGAUCUUCUGCGUUCACGGAGGAUUGUCACCAGCUCUCGGUCACAUGGACGACAUUCGUAACAUUGCGCGCCCGACAGAUGUCCCCGAUUAUGGGCUCUUGAACGAUCUACUCUGGUCCGAUCCAGCCGAUAUGGAACAGGACUGGGAGGCCAAUGAACGAGGCGUGAGCUACUGCUUCGGGAAGAAAGUCAUCACCGAUUUCCUCGCCAACAACGAUUUCGACCUAGUGUGUCGAGCCCACAUGGUGGUUGAGGACGGCUAUGAAUUCUUCACCGAUCGAGUCUUGGUCACUGUGUUUAGCGCGCCGAAUUACUGCGGAGAGUUUGAUAAUUGGGGUGCUGUCAUGUCAGUGUCUACCGAGCUCCUGUGCAGCUUCGAGUUACUUAAGCCGCUGGAUUCGAACGCUCUCAAGAAUCACAUCAAAAAGGGCAGGAACAAGCGCGCCCAGAUGCUCAACAGCCCGCCUGCCGGGUUGUAUCCCCAAAGCGUCUGAAUUGUCGGCGAUGCUACAGUGC